GCUGAGGCUAUUCGAGAUUCACAUUCUCACGGACUGGGGAUGUGAGAGAGCCCGACGAGAUGGAGACCUUCAUCCAUCUUUAUCUGAAUGAUCUUGGGAGUCACGCCAAGAUGUGACUGUCACGGCGCGUCAUAGUUUGGAGGCUCUACAAUACUUGUUUCCAUAGCAACAGAAAUAUCAGAAUAUCCAAAAAAGUCCCAUUCCCACAAUGCAGUCCUCUCAGCCGCCGAAACCGCGGCGCUUUGACGUCAGCAGACGGACCAAUAACUUAGCUGCACCAAAGUCUCACGGCCCUGGGUUUCAGAGGGAGGAUAAAAACAUGAACACAAUCACCACGCCGUCCCCACGCCGGGCCACCAAGGGUCCCACUGCUCCCUCCAGGACCAGAGUGGGCGUACAGCCUCGAGCUCCAGUAAGCCAGUCCAGGUUAAGCUCACAGAAACAGGGUUCUACUGUCUCUAAACUAGCUAAACCCAAACCCAAGAAUGCCCGUGCAUCUGCAGCAACUCAAAUUGUACCCGCACCGGAUCCGCCUCCUCCGCUUCCCUCAGUUCUUCCUGUUGACCCGAACUGCAACGAGCCGAGCCUCCCGUGUCUAUGCUGUGAUGGCCGAUCCCCGCAGGACAACAACAGCAUGUUCAACCACAACCACAACAACAACAACACCAUCUCCCUCAGACAUCAACUGCAGCUACCGCCUCCACCGGCCCCGAUGCCCCUGAGGCAGGAUGGGACCGGGGCCAAGGAGCAGGCACAGGCAAAGGCCCAGAUGGAAAUUUCUGCCUGCCCUGCUGCCAGUCUGGAAAAUGAAGAGAAGAUUUCAGAUGAAAACACUGAAGUAGACAAUAAGAAAAAUGCAAAGGUGGAGGAAGAUGAUGAGGAAGAGAGCAGCGGGGAUAUUGAGAUUGAUGAUGAAGAGGACGAUAACGAUGACGAUGAAGAUGAUGACACCCUGGUCCCCUCGUGCUGCGACUGUCCCCCCUCCCUCCUGGAGUUCUCGCUCUCCUCUUCUACCUCCUCUUCCUCCACUUCCAUCAGCUCCUGUUCUGAUCUGGAGUCUGACUGUGCCGAUCAAUCUGCCUCCAUCUGCUCUUCCCAAGAUCAAGACAAUCUGUCCGUCUCUCUUUCCUCCAAAGACCACUCUCUCCUACAAGGCCCUGAUAGCAAGCCUCCUGCUCGCUCACCUCCAUCCCUCCUUCUGAACCGAAAUCCCUUCUGUUUAACAUCUCAUUCCCCGAGUCCACCUUGCUCCCCAGAUGAGGGUUACCCUUCUGCGCUUGACUCACCUUCCCCUGACUACUUAGGAGUCAAAGAUGAUUCUGAGGUCACCAAAUUAGGCUUGCUUGACUUUCUAGAAUCGGUCGGAGAAUUUGGGAAAAUGGAGCGGUUCAGCCAGGUGAUCCAAGUGGCUCGCUGGGAUCUGGACGGGGAACAGCACUGGGAUGUUCUGCGGGAUCGCUUAGAUCACCUGGAUCGCUUGGAAAAGGUGAACAGGGAAGUAAAACUGACCUACAUUGCCAGACUCCACGAGAAGGGACUUGAUCUUGGAGAUCUGGAUGAGCAGGACCUUUCAGAUGUCAUGGAUGAAAUGGGCAACAUUGACAUUCCCUGGAAGCUGUAUAAAACACAUGAUGGAACGAUGGGAGAAUCUCAGGAGUUUUCCGAUGCCGGGGUCGACUUAACCGCUCCGUCAGACUGUGAAGAUCCCCUCGUUCCAGAUUCCCUCACACCUUCCCCUGUUGAACCGCCACCUAGACCCCCAAAACCUCCAGCGCGACAUGCCAGCGUGAGCUCGGACCUCCACACCUACAUAAAUAUCAGCAGAGAGACCACCUCCAUUGCUGUUUCCACCUCUCCUACAUUGUCUACCUUCUCACCUAACUCCUCAUCCCCCACAUUCACCACUUUUAGGUGUGAGAAAUCCCUACCUUCAUCUCCACCAUCCAUUCCUCCUCUCCCUGCUUCUAAGCCAGUUCCUUACCUCACUCUGUAUACCACCCCUUCUCCACCUCCCUCUAUCCCCACCCCAACACCUCCUAUCCCUCCACCUCGAAAGCGACACCUCGCACGGAAGGAAGCGCAGCGCCUCGCGGCUCUUCAAGCCGAACAGGAAAAGACCCCCAUGUCCCUCCCCCCACCUACCACCCGCCCCCACCACUCCCUCCUCCACCUGUUAUCUCAGUCUCCUCUUCCUCUCCUCCUGCCAUACCACCUCCACCUGCGCUGCCUCCUCCACCAUCCUUCCACGCAUUGGAUGUAGAGAUUCGGAAACUGCUCA